GUAUGAUCCGUAAAACCUGUACUCUGGAAACGCUUUCUGGCUGCGGACACCCCUUCGUAGAUGGAGCACUUGCAAGGUUCUUCCUGGUUGUGCCUGUGUGUUAUGAAAAUAUGUGAGGGGGCUCUGUGCGGCUGAUCAGGAUGGCCUUUGCCGUGCAGGAGAAGCACUAUCCCCCAUCUCUACUCAGUUUCUUCAUCUAUAACCCCAAAUUUGGUCCCCGGGAAGGAGAAGAAGAGAAAAAGAUUCUUUUUUAUCAUCCAAGCGAAAUUGAGAAAAAUGACAAAAUCAAAAAUGUCGGCUUGUGUGAAGCAAUAGUGCAAUUUACCAGGACAUUUAACCCUACCAAGCCAGCACAGUCAUUACACACUCAGAAGAACAGACAGUUCUUUCAUGAGCCUGAAGAUGGGUUUUGGAUGGUGAUGGUGGUAAAAAAUCCUGUUGUAGAAAAGCAAAAAGAUGGGAAGGCCAUAUUAGAAUAUCAAGAAGACGAGUUACUGGACAAGGUGUAUUCCUCAGUCUUACAGGAGUGCUACAAAAUGUAUAAGCUAUUUAAUGGCACUUUUCACAAGACUAUGGAAGCCGGUGGAGUUACACUGCUGAAAGACAGGCUGGAGAAAUUCUUUCUUCGGUAUUUACAGACAUUACACCCGCAGUCUUGUGACCUGCUCGAUGUGUUUGGCGGGAUCAGUUUCUUUCCGUUAGAUAAGAUGACCUACCUGAAAAUCCAGUCGUUCAUUAACAGAGUGGAGGAAAGCCUUAGUCUCGUGAAGUAUACGGCGUUCUUGUACAAUGACCAGCUCAUCUGGAGUGGAUUGGAACAAGAAGAUAUGCGAAUAUUGUAUAAAUACCUCACUACAUCUCUCUUCCCGAGACACAUAGAGCCAGAGCUGGCAGGAAGAGAUUCUCCAUUGCGCCCUGAAAUGCCAGGAAAUCUACAGCACUAUGGGAGAUUCCUUGUCGGGCCUUUAAACAUCCAUGAUCCUGAAGCAAAAUUUAGAUUUCCUAAAAUCUUUGUGAAUACAGAUGAUUCCUAUGAAGAGCUUCAUCUGAUUGUUUACAAGGCCAUGAGCGCCUCCGUCUGUUUUAUGAUUGAUGCAUCUGUGCAACUAACACCGGAUUUCUGCCGAAAACUGGACAGCCUUGUGGGACCUCAGCUCACAGUGUUGGCGUCGGACAUCUGUGAACAAUACAAUAUCAACAGAAGAAUAUCGGGGUCAGAGAAGGAACCUCAGUUCAAGUUUAUUUAUUUCAACCACAUGAACCUAGCAGAGAAAAGUACAAUACACCUCAAGAAAACGCCAAGUGUCUCACUAACUUCUGUCCAGCCGGAGCUUAUGAAGAUUCUUGGAGAUAUAAAUAGUGAUUUCACAAGAGUGGAUGAAGAUGAAGAAAUCAUAGUAAAAGCCAUGAGUGACUACUGGAUCGUAGGGAAGAAGUCUGAUCAGCGGGAGUUGUACGUCAUCUUAAACCAAAAAAAUUCGAAUCUAAUUGAAGUAAAUGAUGAAAUCAAGAAGCUGUGUGCGACACAAUUCAACAACAUCUUCUUCCUGGAUUAACAAGACGGGAGCAUUGAUGAUGUCUCUGAGACGGCCCGUGACAGCCAUUUUGUUCAGCAUGGACAGAAUAUCAGUCAUAUUAUUGACUGGAAUGACUGUUGUAAGGCAAUACUUGCCUUGUAAGAAUCUACUUUCUACCCGUAGACCCAACGAUCCGACCAUUUUUAGAUUUUAACUAUUUAUCAGAGCUCGACUUGGAUCAUCUUCAUUCCAUUUCUGUUACAUGAAUAUGACUGCCGCUAAUAAACCCACUAAUCAUUGUUAUACUUUUAA